CAAAGCCCCAGCAUGUCCAGCACCCUUGCAGCGAGCAGGGGCACACAUGCCGGGGGGGCGGCGCAAGCCGGCCUGCGCCGUGGCAGCAGCGUGCUUCCGGUCCUGCCCUGGUCUGGGAGCGUCCUGAAGCAGCCCAAGCAGCAGCAGCCGCAGCAGCGGCGGACAGCAGCAGCGGCGCUAUCCGGCCGCCGCCAACGCCGCGCGGUUCGCGCCGUCGCUGCGCCACUAGCCCCCGAGGUGUCUGCCAGCGAGCACACCGUCGAGCUGCACGCCGCGGUGGAGGCUGUCAGGCUGGCGUCACGCCUGUGCCAGGCUGUGCAAGUGGAGCUGAAGACGGGCGAGAAGGUGGAGAAGGAGGAUGAGAGCCCCGUCACGGUGGCCGACUAUGGCGCACAGGCGCUGGUGGCCUGGAGCCUGCAGCACGCCUUCCCCGGCCAGCCGCUGAGCAUGGUGGCUGAGGAGGAUGCCAUUGACCUGCGCACCGCUGAGGGCGCCGUGAUGCUGGCCCGCAUCACUGCGCUGGUCAACGAGGCGCUGGCCGUCGAGCACCCGCAGGUGGCGCCGCUGACCCCCGGCGAGGUGGCAGACCUGGUGGACUCGGGCAGCAGCCAGGGCGGCGGCCAGGGGCGCCACUGGGUGCUGGACCCCAUCGAUGGCACCCGCGGCUUUGUGGGCAUGCGCCAGUACGCUGUGUGCCUGGGCCUGCUGCAGGAGGGCGAGGUGGUGCUGGGCGUGCUGGGCUGCCCCAACCUGCCCCAGUACGCCAUCACGGCGGACGACUGCGACGAGGGGCAGGCCGCCCGCUCCUUCUCCGACGAGGCCGUGGGCACCAUGUUUGCCGCCAGCAAGGGCCAGGGCGCGUAUGCGGGCCCCGUGUUUGGCGGCAUGCCCCGCCAGCGCAUCUUCUGCAACGACAUCCUGGCGCCUGGAGAGGCUCGCUACAUGGAGUCGUUUGAGGCGCGGCACAGCAACCACGGCCUGGCCAUGCAGAUUGCGGACGAGAUUGGCGUGGAGCUGCCGUCGCUGCGGCUGGACAGCCAGGCCAAGUACGGGGCGCUGUCUCGCGGCGACGCCUCCAUCUUCAUGCGCUUCCCAGACGCAUCCUACCGCGAGAAGAUCUGGGACCACUGCGCCGGGGUGGCCAUCAUCGAGGAGGCUGGCGCGGUGAUCAGCGACGCGCUGGGCAACCCGCUGGACUUCUCCCAGGGCCGCUUCUUCCCCGACCUGAAUGGCGGCAUCGUGGCGGCCACCCCCUCCAUGCACCGCGCCAUCAUGGCCGCCAUCCGCAAGAUCCGCGGCCUGCCGCCGCGGGAGCAGCAGGCGGAGCAGUAGAUCGUGUGGCUGGAGCCCAGCACCUGACGCCCUCUAAACACUGCAAAUCAACGCCCAGGCCUGGCAGCCAUCUGGACACCUCAGCUGCCUCCUCACCACGCUGCUUGUAUAGUUCACAACAUCUCGUGCCUCCACACUUGCCCCUGAUGUGCGCAUUUUUCAACCCACGCCCCCUGCCUGCUGCCAUUUUUUAAGCCUUUGCUGCCUGCUGCUACCAUCCCUCUUGAUCUGUGCUCCGUCUCCUCAGCGUCCUGCAUUUUGCACUGCUGCCUUUUGAUUGACGCCCCGGCGCCUUUGGCUGUGAAAGUCAAUUAAUC